AGCGAAAAGUUACCCCUCCAGUACUUAUCCAUCCGGUUCUCCCCCAUUCUCAUAUGCAGCGGAGACGCAUCAAUUCGUUCCCCAGUCGGCGCACAGAUCUAGUCUCUCCCGCCACUGCCAUGCCUGGUUUGUUUACCUUCUUUUCUUUUCCUAGAUUGAUAGCUAGUGAGAGAGGAUCCACUGAUGGGGAACAAAUUGAGGAGAUGCGGCGGGCGGGUUAUGCUUGACCACCGGUGGAUUCGUCGUGGCAAGGGAAGUUGAUCGGCGGCGACUGCGCGAGAUGGCAUCGGCGCCGGCUCAGAAUCUGACCGGAGCUGGGCACCGGGUAGGAGGGCAGGCGGUGCUGGCGAUGGUGUGGUAGGAGCCGCAUGAUGGUGCGCGCGGUGGUGGCCGGCGUGUGCACGGCCGCCGACGGUAGAAGAGGGGCGGGCUGGGAGGUAUGUAGCUAGUGCAAGCGCAGCCGAAGGCGCGUCGGGCCGGUGCACUGGUUACCCAAUGAUGUGGAUACCUUCAUGCUCUCUGCGCCAAAUCUUCUUUGCUCUAGGGCCAAAAAGGAAUCGUUGUUUGUCAAUCAGUUGUCCGUGUUAUAUCAUGGUCCAUGGCGUGAAGUCAAAGUGUAUUUGUAGUGAUUGAUUAUAUUCUAACUGCAGCAAAUUAAACUCUCACAAUACAAUUCAUGGUUAAUAGUUGAAUAGGAAUUAAUAUUUUUCUAGCAACUUCCCUGCACCAGUAAAUUGCUGACUUGGGUGAAACGACUUGGAUUGAUCGAAUCAUGGAGAAGGAUGAUGAGUGUUAUUCUGGAAGGCGAUCAACUCUGGCGACAAGGUGGACAACAUGCUCAUGAACAUGGAAGUGGUGAUGAAGCAGCGGCACCACGACGAGGAGGCAAUAUAAGCCAUCAGGUCGUUCAGGCACCUCCACUCCAGGCAGGCCCAGGAGUCACUCGAUGACCUGCUCAUCGACCUCUACAAGAUAGAGAUAUAAAGAUGAUAUGCCUAUGUGAGGCCUUCAACAGUAAGAGCACCAAGACGGAUGAUCCCACGACAAGAAGUUCUUGGUCUCAAUCGAGCAGGAGAAGUCUCACAUUCUGGUAUAGAUUUCUCUUACAUACUCAUUGAUAAGUUGGCAUCUCACUGCAAUAUUAAUCAGUUGCUGAAACUAUCAUGGUGGUCGGCAUGGGAUAAAGCGAUGGUGUUGUUGCCCGCGCGGUUGUGGUGUGGGAGCUGCAUCGAUAGUCAUGCGAAUGUUGCUCACCUUUGUGUGAUGUGUGCUGAUGCUGCUCUAUUGCAUGCAAGUUUAGAGCCAUUUAUCUUGCUGUGGGUUGAUGCUGCUCUGCUAUGUGUCUAUGCUGUGUAGCCUCUGUUGUGUGUUCUGAUUGGGCAAUUUUGCACGGGCAACUCAGAAACUGAGAUUUAGUAUGCUAUGUUGUGUGCUGAUGCUGCUCAGGAUCCAGUCAUACCUCAAGUCCUGACUUUGGUUUUCCUACAUACCUUCGUUUCACAUUAUUUAGGUGUAAGCACAUCCAUGCAAAAGGUUGUGUGCAUGUCUUUUAAUUUUUGAGGUAAAUCAACUCCAGUUUUUGUUUUGACACUUCAUCAGCUCCUACUGAAAAAAGCAUUAUAAACUUGUGGAGAAUUGCGUUAUAUAUGUUAACUAUAAUGUACUGACAUUACUUACAAUGAGUAAUUAUAUUACUCUGUAAGAUAAACGAAGAGUACUUAAAACGCUUAAACUUCCGACAUGUUACGGAAGUUAAGCAAUGAGAUCAUUUGUCUUUUGGACAUUUGAGAUAUUCUCAUGGGUGGUGAUCUUUAUGCUUUGACUAUAAACCAUCCUUUGUAUUGCGCUUAUAGGCAAAACCAUCAUGACACACUUUAUUUAUUUCAGAAAAUAAUUUCAUGGUUCACAUGAAGGUUUAGGACAAAGCUAGGGGGCGUAUGGUUUAGUUAAUGUAACUAGAGGUUCAUCCUUUUCAGUCAUACUUAGAGCAAGGAUCCUUCUACAUAAAGAAACGAUUAUCAUCUAAAAUUAAAUAAUGUGUUUUCAAUGGGAGAAAGAGAUUUGUAUAUUGUGUCUAUAUCCACAUUAUCUGGAUUGUAAUGUAAUUUAUUACAUGGAAAAUCUUAUGAAAACAAUGUGUGGAGUCAUAUCGUGCCUAUGCCAGCCGCACGGCAAAGCGCGCGUAAGCUUCUAGUAUGGAACCAUUGUUGGAAGGAUUACUUUGAGUAAGAAUGACCAAAUAAGAGAAGAGUCACAUGUUAUGUCUAUUUGUAUGCAAGACUCAAGCUCAAAUAAUAACAAAACAUAAAACACGUUCAUAUAUCUCCAUAAGCUUUUAGCAACAGUCAGUGUAGGAUUUUCUGCAUAGAUUUGUCAAUUUCUGAGUAUACUUUGGAUCAUUGGUGAUCUACUGUUAGAACAUCCACUUCACCCGAUUAGCACAUGCUUCCUGUGAUAGUAGUGCUUGGUUGAUUACCAUGUUUACCAAGCUCAAAAGAAAUUGUCAGUUGUUGGCGACUUUUAAUAUUGCCAAUUACUUGCAAUGGGAAAUGUUGACAUCAAACCAAUUAUCCUUUAGUAUCCCUGUUUUCCAAGCGAUGUUCUCUAAAGCCGAAAUUGCUAGAAACCAAAGGACGCCGACACUUUUUGAACGGAGACGCGACAGUAGGAAAUGAAGUAGGGAUCCAGGCUCUUUUUUUAGCAGAGCCAAGCUCCUCUCCUGGGGUUAAAAAGGUAGAGAACUAGAAGCCUCGAGAGGCUGGGCAAGUGUAGUCACACGAGGUGCUAGACGACCGAGAUUUUUGCGACCUUGGCUUUCCGUAGGCCGGCCACCUGACGAUGACUGAGCAAAGGCCCGCCGAGCCUCGCUGGCGAGCCCGGAACUUUCGAGAGACUGGUCCACUACAGGAAUCAGCCAAUUUACCCUGGGUGGAGCUCUUUGUCGCCAGCUUUUUGUUAGGGCUAACGGCAAAGACCACUUCACCAUUUGUAAAGAAUCAAAGACGGUAAAGACAUGCUUUGCCAUCUCUUUUUCUGUACAGAUGGCAAAUAGCUCACUUUUCCGUGUGUAAAAAACACAGACAGUAAAGUAUGUAUUUCUAUACAGACCACAAAGAGCUCUCUCUACCGUGUGUAAAAAACACAGACAGUAAAGUAUGUAUUUCUUUACAGACCACAAAGAGCUCUCUCUACCGUCUGUAAAAAAACAAAUACGACAAAGAGAAAACACAACAGACGAAUCGAUCGGCUGAUGAUGUGGCAUCAUCCAAUCCACCCGCGCGAAGCCACCCCCACCACUCUCUUUCUCCCUUAUCCACCCCACCACGAUCUCUCUCUUAGAGCAUCUCCAGCCGCGGCCCCAACAGGCCCCCAGGUGAAUUUUUAGCGCCGGUGGCCAAAAAUCGGCCCAGUCGCGCCCCAGGAUCUCGUUUAGCGCCGGUUUGGGCGAAAUCCAGAGCCGGCGAUCCUGCCCCGAACCCAAGCGCCCGGGUGUCGCCUGGGCGCGUCGGCGGAAGCGAAAAGCGGCAUGGGGCCGCUCUGUCAGCGACUGGAAGACUUUUUCCCGCCGUUUCCUCCCGCUCCCCUCUCAUCUUCUCCAUUCCUCCCGCCAAACCCCAGCUCCACCCUGCCGUUCCGCCCGCCAUGCCGCCGAAGAAAUACGUGAUGCCGCGCGUCGCGACGGAUCCCGCUGCCGCCGCCUCGCCGAAGCAAAGGAAGCCUAGGGCUCCGCUGUCCAAGCCCCCCGGCAUGACCAACGCCGAGUGGAAGGCGGACGUGGAGCGCUGGGAGGCCGUCACCGCCGACAGACGCAACAGGGCCAAGAAGGCCCGGAACAAAGCGGCUGCGGAGCGCGCAGUGGACGAACAAGCGGAGGCGGUGCGUGCGGCGGCCGAACAAGCGGAGGUGGCGCGCGCGGCGAUGAUGAAUCCACCCGGGCAUCCGUGCGUGGCCUGGAGCCAGCAAAGCGUCGGCUCUCCGGACGGGUUCUCAUCGUCGCCGCACCCAUGGAGCACGCCGUCGCCGAGCUAUGCUGACGGGGACGCUCAUGGCGGCUUCAACCCCAACAUCACUUUCCCCCAUGGGCGCCCCGUCCAACGCACACCCUCACCAGGGUUCACCAGCGUGCAGUACCCGCCAUACACGUACUCGCCGCCGGACUACGCAGCCUCACUGACGCCGCCUGUCCGUCGAGGCCUCUACUCACAAGCCUCUUCCUCGUCACAUCUCGGCGGCGCCGACGCGACGGAGGCCGACAUGGAGGACAUCAUCGCAGCCGGCUCGGCUGCGGCAGGCGCUUCCCCCGGGUUCGCUACGCAGGACCUCGCCGACAUGGACGACGAGCUCGACUACGGCGAGGAAGAGCCGGAGGAGGAGGAAGAAGAGGAGGAGGAGCCGGCGCCGACGAGGAAAAUCAAGAAUAAUAAUAAGAAGAAGGCGGCCAAGCCCGGCGAGCCACGCAUCAAAUGGGCAUCCAAGGAAGAAGAGUGCCUCGCCGUAGCGUGGAAGGUCGUCUGCCUCGACCCGGCCACCGGCACGAAUCAGAUCAUCGAGACGUAUUGGGACCACAUCAAGGCCGAGUUCGACGAGCGGAAGCUCAUCGACCCCUACUUCAAAGGCAUGCACAUGAAGUUUGAAGGGUAUGUCGAACCAUUGGUCGCUCAUCCAAACGGCGUGCAACAAAUGGCAUGGGAUAGUCGAGGAAGUCGCGGCUCACCCGGAGAGCGGCACCAGCGUCGAGGAUCAGGUAUCGCACGCCGGUCAUGUUGCCGCCUUUCGCCGCACGCGCGCUCUUUUCACCUUAUGCGCGCCCUAGGCUUGUUCUGGCGCGCGCUCUGGUGCCGCCGACUGACGUUCUUUCUCGGCGCAGCUGCUGCGCAUGUUCGCCAUGUUCCGCGACGACAACAGCGACGCAGACUUCAAGUACCUCCACGUCUUCAAGCGGAUCGACAAGUGCGAGAAAUGGGCGGCCGUUCGGCGCACCCUCGCCAAGGCCAAAGAGACGUACAAGCCGGACGCGCCGACAGCGGGCGCGGCCGAUGGACGCCCGGACGACAACAAAGGUGUCAAGAAGGCGAAAUACGCCGAGACAGCUGUCGUGCGCGUGCAAGAGUCCAUCGAGCACUGCAUCGCCGACGCAAAAACCAGGGCCGCCGAGCGGGAGGAGAAAACAGAGGCGAGGUGGGCAGUUUUGAUGACGAACAGCGCCGUCAAACUCGACUUGCUCCGCGCCAACGCCGCCGCGAAACUCAAAGCCCAAGACGCCAAGAAGAGAAACAACGACCUCGCCUUCUUGAUGGGCGGCGCUGACAUGCUCCAGAGCGGCGACGAGAAGCUCAAGGCGUGGUUCUUGGCCGAGCGCGGCCUCAUCCUGAACCAGAUACCGGGGACGCCGCCGCCGCCGCCCAGCCCGGCGGCUGAUGACGACGAGACCAGGGCUGACGAUGUCUCCGACUCCGCGACGCCCAGCCCCACCGACGAUGCCUACGCCGCGCCCAGCAGCACAGAGGACACGCAGAACAGCCCGGAAGCCGCGCCGAUUCCUCCCAGCCCCCGUACGCCGACGACUACGCCGCCGGAGGUUUACCUCGACGCUUCAUGUACUCCUUCCGCGCCCUUCCUUUUUUGUACGCCGAACUACUGCGUGUCCUUUUAUUUUGAUCGCCGAACUGUGGCACCGAGUCACCGAACUAUUGCGAUGAUCGCCGGUUUGUUGUUUCUUUGAGCGGGAAUGAUAUUUUUUGAAUAUGAAGCGCCUUGUGGGACGGCGCCUGGACGCGUGGCUGAGAAAAAACGAACCCCAAGACCCGAUCUAGCGCCGGCUCACUUCCAGCCCUGUUUUUUGGGCGUCCUGGGAGGCCGAACGGCCGGAGAUGCUCUUAUCUCUCUGUGACGCAACACGACCUCCCUCCCUCUGUUUCUCGCCCAGGAAGCCACGGCCGCUUCAGCCACCGCUCUGCCACUCGCCGCUCGCGCCCUUCUUCCUUCCCCCCGCGCGUGAGCUCCGGCGAACUCACGUCAGGCCACCGCUCCGCCACGACGGCGCCCUUCUUCCUCUCCCCCGUCACCCAUCUUCCUCUCUCCCUACCUCCCUUUGCUCUGCCCGCCGCUCUUCUUCCUCUCUCUGGAGCUGCCUUGCUCCUCGUGCUCUUCGAGCUCCGUUGCUGCUCCGGCCAUGGCCGCCGCCGUCCGCUGCUGCUCUGGCACACUGCUCGUUGUACGCAGGACGCCGGCCACACUGCUCGCGCUGCUCGCCGGAUACGUUGCUCGCUGUAUGCAGGACUCCAGACACACUGCUCGUCGGACGCUGUUUUCUUAAUAUUUACCCAAAAUCUUUGUCGUGUGUGAUUUGAUGAGGUUGACGACAAAGGAUGUAUUUGGGCGGCGGUAAAGAUGCUUUUCUUUACCAUCUACUCCCUCAGUCCAGAAAUAUUUGUCAUCAAAAUAAAUAAAAAGAAUGUAUCUAGACGUAUUUUGGUUUUAGAUACAUCUUUUUUUAUCUAUUUUGAUGACAAUUAUUUUCGAACGGAGAGAGUAUUAUUAAUCGGCUGACGGCAAAGUCGUAGUUUGGCUGACGGCAUAAUCUUUGACGUGUAGCUGAUGAAAAGUUGAUGAUGAAGUACACUUUGCUGUCUGUUUUCAGGUCUUUGUUGCCUGUGUUUCGGAGAUGGCAAAUUACCUAAUUCCUGCAAUGUCACAUAAUACUAUCUUUCCCUCUCUCGUGUCCUUUUCAACCAAGGUCCUCGAAUCUUCAAAACAAAAUGUGGCCAGAUUGGUAAAAUCGCAUAGACGCUUACGUACCACAGGAAACAAGGCAAUCCAUUGGUUUCAACAAUCGAGCUUCAACAUCAGAACAAAUCUUAUCGAAUUUCGGGUACGACAUAAACUGCACUAGCAUCGGAAGAGCAUCUUGAGCGGUUAACUUUUUUUCUUGAUAAAGAUAAGCAAAACACAAUCAAGGAUGCACUCGGACAUGUCUGCCACGUUCGCAUAUGUCCGUAUUGUUCAAUUCUAUAUUAGCACAAUAAUUAAAACAAUAGUGAUUCCUAUGGACAUGGCGGACGUGUGCGCCCGCAUCCCUAGAUACAAUGGAACAUUAACAUCAACGGGUCAUAUAACUGUGGAUGGAGAUAUCACACUAUGAUAGCACUUUUGUUUAUGUCACUAUUUACUACCCACUUGAAUCAUAGGAAUUUUUGUGAGUGAGACUUCCAUUGUUUACAUUCACUCCAAUAAUUACAUUGUUUUCUUUUCUUUUCUUUU